AUGACGCAGUCUCCAUACCAAGAGCCACAAACUCGGACAUCAAGCAAAACCAAAACCCACAAAAGACACGUCGAGGCAGCCCCAGAAUCUCGGACCAGUCAACGUAGCCGUCGCGAUCUCAGGCUGGCGGCCCCUCAGCCUCUCCAGCUUGAGAAGAGCAAUGGGAAGACUGAGAUCAAGAACGCGUUUACAAAACUCUCGACGAAAACACUCUUGGCCUUUCCGCCCACAACCAGGACCAGCAUUUUCACCAGCCUGUUGCCUUACGGCCAAUAUUAUGUUUCCGCCACGGACCUCCUAUAUGCGUCUUUCCAACCCCUCAGAUCAACCUUCAAAACGAUCUUCAUCUACUCCGAGUUCUCAGACGAGUAUGCUCGUCCAGAAUCGAUAAUCCUCACCGUCCUACCUGUUCCACCGCCUCAAGUCCGACCCAGUACUGCUGUCGAUGCUAGCGCCAUGAGGAUGGAUGACUUCGUAAUAGUCCGACAGCGUGCCCUGGUGCUCAAUGUCGUAGAGAAUCUCGGCGCAUCUGACAUUGACGAGCGUUUGGAGAGCAGACGACGGAAGAACAUGCUGGAUGGCUUCUGUACCGCCGUCAAUGCUCUCGGCAUUCGCGUCAAACCGCACCUCACCCAAAUUGUCUCCACCAUCCGCUGGCGCUUGAACAACAAGAGUGCCCAAGUCCGUCAACAAGCUGCUGAUCUCACAACUCGUCUUGUCAUUGUCAUCAAUCAGAGCGGCGAGGACCAGUUGCUGAGCAAACUCGGGCUUGUGCUUUUCGAACAAUUGGGUGAGGAGUAUCCUGACACUCUUCGCUCCAUUACCGCGGCCGAGGGAGCGAUUGCCAAUGCUGUCGGUAUGACCCGAAUGAACCCACCUGUCAAUGAUCUUCUUCACCGCAUGACACCAAAUCUUCGCAACAGACACAAAACAGUGCAAGAAGCUUCGAUUAACUUGAUUCGUCGUAUCGGGCUGAGUUCGUGCCUGGAUGAGCAUCUGCUUCGAGUUGCUGGAUCUCCUCGUGGCCCACAAAAAGGCAUUCGUCGAGCAGCCUCAAAACAGGCGAAUGCUUUCCUUCAAUAUGGAUGGGCUGUAGAACGUCAUCUGAAGGACGGCGACUUUGUUCCCUUCAACCGCCAGUCUAGUCUGCACAAAUGA